AUGGCAUCGCUGCUGCUGGUCGAGAAGAAGGGUGUGACUGACCACUUGUCCAAAUUGGAAUGCGUGGACACCCCCACUCGUCUUGAUGAAGUGUUGAAACAACUUGAGGAUUUGGGAGAAGUGAAGUACCAGAUCUCCCACCAUGUGUUGGAGGGCACGCAUAUCGCUUCUAUGAAGGAGAUUGCCUUUGUCAUGGAUGCCCCCAAGGAAGAUGAUGAUCAAGGUGCAAAGAAGAGGAAAAAGGAGAAGAAGAAAGAUUCCAAUAAGAACACCCUCUCCAUCAAGAACUUCGGAAGUCGACUGGACGUAUCAAAACUGAAAGGGUCAGAUUACCUUCAGUUGUGCUGGCGAUGCCGCGUGGAAGCGGCAGGGGAUGGGACCAAAACGAUCAUGCCCAUCAGGCCCACCAUGUGCCUCACAGGGAUGCUUGAGCUGGAAGAUCAGAUCCUUCGCCUCAUGUAG